AAAGCUUAGGACAAAGGUGUCUGUCUGUUCUCAAGGCAAGUGAAACACCAGGUGUUCAAUCUCUAUAAAUCCUAUAGACAUCUUUAUUCAUCUUCCUAUUCCCCUCAUCCAUCAGAAUCAACAUACAACAACAACAACUACUGCACAUCCCAAAUACACAAACAUCCACUUUGUGCUUUAUCGUACAUAGUCCGAUAAAUCCCCAAUUCACCCAGUUCCCAACCAUCGAAUAAGCGAGCAGCCAAUCAGGACCAUUCACGAUGCCCUACGUUCGCUACAACCACACCCACGAGCGUGAGCGUGAGCGCCCGCUCUACGACGAUUCCCUCUUCAACCGUACACUCGUCCGCCAGAACUCCAAGCGUCAGCGCCUUGACAUGUACGAUGACGACGAGUUUGACGACUACCCAUACAACAACAUCCCAAACACAACCUCACGUGCCCUGACGAUCCGCGCACCGAACCAGAUCGAGAAGUACAACAUCUGGUCACCGUCCAAGCACGCGCACAACGACAGCCACCGCCGCUACGACAGCGACAAUGACUACGAGGAUCUGCACGAACAUAACCACCGUCACCGCUACAAGUACACCAGCCACAAGUACCGCUCUUCGUCGCCAGCUAGGGACAGCGACGACGAUGACGAGCGCAACCGCGAGCGAGAGUUCCGCUUGAAGGUCAAGGCUACAUUCAGCCGCCCGAGCCUCUCGCGCUCCAACUCCAGCAAGAUGAUGCACUGGCCCGGCGAGUUGUUCAGGACAAAGGAGAAGUGGGUUGGCGUCGAUUGGCAGAGGAAGGAGAGGUCGAGGGUCAUGGGCGAUGAUUUCUGGGACGAGCCCAGGUUCGAGGAGAAGACUGAGCAGUUCAGGAGGAUUAAGAGGACGAAGACUGACGAGUGGAGGCCACUCAAAGGAUCCAGGUGGUGAGGAAUUUUUCUUUGUUUGAUGGAGUCAUGGGUUUUCUUGUUCGUCUUCUGUUUGUUGGUUUCCUACCUACCAUCUAGAGGCGUUUUGGAGGAUCGUUACUGGCUAAUCGUGUAAUUUGCUCUUUGGAAUUACGGGAUAUAAUGGCGUUGGACAUUUCGGUUUUCCCCCCUGCGGCUCCAUGUUAAUACUUUUUUUUCUUUUCACUGGUGCGAUAUUGUUAGUUUUGUGUUGCGAGUAGAUACCCCAAAUCAACAGUAACGAAGUUACGAUAACCAAAAACAUACUUGCCCACC